GAGAGAUAUGCAGACUAACGCUUGAGAAAUGAGAAGCAAGCUACACUCGUGACUCGCUCACUCCAAGUACUCAAACAACGUUAAACAAGCCUGAAAUGAUCAAGAAUGAAGAAGUCUCUGCCAGCUAGAGAAUUGCCAAAGAGACAGCGCAAGCCAGCUCCUAAAGUGAGGGAGAUGGAGACCCUUCUCAUGAUGCUGAUGACACAAGAGCCCCACUGUCUAUACCCCCCACCACACCAGGAUGGUGCACACUUCCAAGCUCCCGACUCUGACUCUCCUGGAGCUGGCCCAAGCUAUUUCAACCUGGACCAGCAGGUUAACACCCCUUUGUUGAGAGGUUUGACUCCCAGGGAGUCAUUCACGGGCAUGCUGCUGUCAUCUGAAGAACCAGGUCCACUGAAUGCAGAAUCCAGAGCUCCAACACCAUCUGCUUUUGCUGACACAGUUGUUAUUGACCGCAGUCCACAGAGCGAAUAUGGGGAGCCCAUGGAAGAUGAACACAGACCAUGGCAGCCAUGCCAGAUCUGCAAACAGCAAGUUUACAAACUAAUGCAGGAAAAGAGGAAAAUGGAAGAAGUGCAUUUGAGCUUGAGCCCUGACCAAGUCAAAGCUGUGAGGGGCUUAUGUGACAGUUUUGAGAAAUUCCAAGAGGCUGCAUCCGACACACCUACUAGGAUGGGCAAGCAGGAGCUGUAUCCGGGCUGUGGAGUGUGUCAACCCUGUUGCCUUUGGAUGGCAUGGAAAGUGUCCUGAAGGCAAAUCGAUGCUGGACCAGGCCCGAGUGAACGCAAUCCUGACUUAUGUCAUGCGUUAUGCAUCCGUGGAGUCUGGUAAACUAAAGGCCCUCAUUAACAAGUUCCGGACCGUGCUGAAUAAUCCAAAAGUUAAAACACGAUAGGCCAGUUGGGGGAUUGGGCUCUUAAAUAUUAGUUCUAGGUAAAUGUUGCAAUUCUUCAGCCAUUCCUGGAACUGUGACCAAAAAGGAGCUACAUGUGGACAGUACCAAAAUAAAUGAUCUAAUGACUGCCUUCUCACAGCAAAAUAUGCAGAGCUGGGAAGAUUGUAU